ACCAGUUCCAAUGAGAAUCAUCCACGUCUCAUUCUUUUUAGGCUGGAUCUUCUUCUUCCAUCACCGUCCGUCCACUACCCCAUAAUUCUUGCCUUAGAAGGUUUCACUAAUUACUUCGUCUUCGUUUUUCUAUUUUGAGAUUUGACAACUUCCCCUUUUAAUCAUGUUUUUAGUUCUGUUGGACAAUACCAAAUCAAUUGCACUGGUUUUGCUUUCUUUAUCCAAUCAUUUUUUCUUUUGUAGUUCAUUGGAUCCAUUUUUACAUCAUGUAGAGUAGCCAUUGUUACAAUACCAAACAAAGUUAGAAAUUGCUAAAUAUAAUUGUUAAUUGAUAUAAUAAUCGUAUAUAGUUAAAACUCAACUUGUUCCAUUUCUAAUCUUAAUUAUGUUUUUUUGGACCGACAUCAUUCUCUUAAUGUAAUGAAUAGCCAUUUAAAACAGAGUUGAAAUAUAAAUUCCAAAAAUUUCUGGCAGCAAAAGAGAGAGAAGAGAAGGAGCUAUUAUCUGCGCCAUCUGUUUCUCCAAUUAAUAAUCUCCUUAAAUCCGGAUUUGUUAUUAAUUCUAAUCUUUUCCAAUUGAUCCACUUUCCUCCUCUGAGUUUUUAAGACUAAUAGAGAGAUAUAUAGAGAGAGAUUGCUUCUGGUUUUGCCUUCCCCCUUUGUUUGACCUCUCUUUUCUUUCUUCCCCCCUUUGUGUUUCCCGCAUUUUCUCGGGAAAAUCUAAAGGAACAAAAACAUUAAAAGUUUGUGAUUUUCUGAUUAUUUCUUUAUUUAAUCGAGACCCAUUGUUUCUCGCCUGAUUUGGCGCAAACCCUUUUGGAUUCUGGUGAAAAAGGUUGGGAUCAGAGGAAGAAUGAUGACGAGUAUGGAAGGGAUGAUGGAGAUGGGUGUAUUGGAUGAUAUUAUAAGGAGAUUGUUGGAAGGUAAAGGAGGUAAACAGGUUCAGCUUUCGGAGGUCGAGAUCCGUCAACUUUGCGUUAACGCCAGACAAAUCUUCCUUUCUCAGCCUAAUCUUCUCGAGCUUCAUGCCCCCAUUCGCAUCUGCGGUGAUAUCCAUGGACAGUACCAAGAUCUUCUGAGGCUAUUCGAAUACGGAGGCUAUCCUCCUUCAGCGAACUAUCUCUUCCUCGGCGAUUACGUUGAUAGAGGCAAGCAAAGUCUUGAAACAAUAUGUUUACUCUUGGCUUACAAAAUCCGGUACCCAUCCAAGAUAUUUCUCUUGAGAGGAAACCAUGAAGAUGCUAAGAUCAACAGGAUUUACGGGUUCUAUGACGAAUGCAAACGGAGGUUUAAUGUACGGCUUUGGAAGAUAUUCACCGAUUGCUUCAACUGUUUGCCGGUAGCUGCUCUCAUUGACGAGAAGAUCCUAUGUAUGCAUGGUGGAUUGUCACCGGAAUUGGAAAACUUGGGGCAGAUUCGGGAGAUUCAAAGGCCUACAGAGAUUCCAGACAAUGGUCUUCUUUGUGAUUUACUUUGGUCUGAUCCUGAUCAGAAGAAUGAAGGGUGGACUGAUAGCGAUCGAGGUAUCUCCUGCACGUUUGGAGCCGAUGUAGUCGCUGACUUUUUGGAUAAGAAUGAUCUCGAUCUCAUUUGCAGAGGCCAUCAGGUAGUGGAAGAUGGGUAUGAGUUUUUCGCAAAACGGAGGUUAGUCACAAUAUUCUCAGCUCCAAACUAUGGAGGAGAGUUUGACAAUGCCGGUGCAUUAUUGAGCGUGGAUCAAUCUCUCGUUUGCUCCUUUGAGAUUCUGAAACCGGCUCCAGCUUCUAGCACUAAUCCUCUCAAGAAGGUACCGAAAAUGGGGAAGUCUUGAAACUUAAUACAGCUUAUUCCCUUGAGAGAUUUGGUUUCACAAGCUCAAGCUAGCGCUCUGUGCAUUUCUUCAGAUGUAGGCAAACUGCAAUGGAGAAGAGAACCUCAAAAGGCUACUUUACUUAGUCAUCAAAGAAGAAGCAUCAGUAGAAAAAACAAAAGAGAGAGAGAGAGAGAGAAAACAAAAGGUGUUGUCCAAAUAUUCUGUGUAUAGUUGCAGAAACAUCUCUUUUCUGCUUCUCUAGAUUUUCAUCUCCUUUUGGUCUGUUUUCUUUUAUUUGGUUAUUCUUUUAACACCUUAGUUUAACUUAGAGUGCCUCUCCUCUUUUGCUUUUUUCUUUCUUUCCUGUAUCAUCAAAUUACCACAUUUCUUAAUCUUUUCCAUAUUUGAAUUGACUUCCAUGGUUUGGCUCUUACUUUUGUGAAUCAUCUGCACAGUAAAAACAAUUUCCUUUUGAUUUAGCAGUACAUGUCUCUCUGUGUUUUUUCUCUUCCAGCAGUAAUACAUAUACUUUUUACAGAGCUUACUUUUACACAAUGGCACGACUUGUUCUCU